ACUCUUUCUUUAAGUUUCACUUUCUGUUGUCUGUAAACGUAGACUACUGGAUUUACGAAAGUAAAGCGGAAAUACGGUCUCGAAGGUUUUUGUUUUAUUUCGGUUAGGUACUUGACAGCUAUAACUGCAGCAACGGCGGACACUAAUUUACCAAAUUAUUGACUUCAAUCAUCUAUCUUGUGUUCGAUCAGAUCAAAGAUCUCUUUCUCUUUCCUUCCUCCAUCUUCGAGCUCAGCUUGUCCACACAGCAGGAGAAGUCAUGUCACGAUUAUUGGCUGAAAUAAGGCGCAGCAACAAAGCAGCCGCUCAAGUGUUGGAAAAGGCAGGUUUACGCACUGACGCUGACAUCCAGUCACUGACUCGAGAGGAACUGCACGAACUGUUUCCUAAACAUGAGAAUUUCAAACUGAGAAGGGCCAUCUUUGACAUAAUACAAAAACAGAAGCCAAUUGAUGUGAUCCUAAGAGAACUGAAAGAUUUCAUCCCACAUGAAUCUUUCAGGACUGCUCUAUCCAACAACGGGGUCUUGGUUGAUUACCUCCAUAUCCUGAAGGACAUUAAGACCCAAAUAAACAAUGUCCAGAGUUUCCUUGAUGCUCACAUCGAUAUGCUGGAAGAAUUCAGCAAAAAUCCGCCAGAUCAGGAGCCAGUCUCCUGUAAUCCAGUGAAGCUCCCCAGUGGCCAGCCUGAUGGCCGUUCACAAGGAGCACAAGGUACAGGUACCUCGGACACCAGUGGUCGAAUGAUGCUCCAUACUGGCCAAACUGGUGGCCAUCCACAAGGUCCUCAAACCACAUUGGAGUACAAGAUGAUUGUUGGCAGUAAAACCUUUGGUGCACAUCAACAGCUGAUGGAGAAAGUUCGGGAUCAAGUUCAGGAUCAAGUUCAGCUCAUUGAAAGCAGUCAGGAUUACAAGCUCACUUUUGUCUUCUGCCCGAUCAGUUCACGCGUUGCAUCAGAUGUUGAGGCAGCCAUGACUGAUGUUAGAGAUGAUACACCUGUCAUUCUGGUGUUGAUGCACCACACACGAGAGGUCAAGUACACAACAUCUAUGAGAACAUGGCCAGCCUACGCUAACGUUGUGUUGCAUGUCAACGUUUUCUAUCAUGAGACAAUGCGUGGAUUACUGAAGGAUCAACAAAAUGAUGCCGCUGUUACCCAGAUACAAAACAAAUUACUGGAGUGUUUUGUUCCAAAAAGUUAACAUUUCAGUGGAAAUGCUCAGGGUGGGGAUGCUGCAAGUGGUUUGGCUUGUAGUACUUCUGUUAGAGGUGGUGGUAACAACAGGUCUUCUGAAGCUGAUGGUAAUAGCGGUGUUUUUAGUAGACUAAAAGGUGUUACAUCUCUGUGGCAAUAGGCUGUGUUGGGCGGUAUCCAUGAUGUUAAUAUUGAAGUUCACAUCCCAAGUAAAACAAUAUGUAAUGGAUUACAUCAACAGCAAAAAUAAAUCAAUAAAAACAUAUUGAUUUAGACCAUUUACUGUUUGCAGAAAACAUUUUAUCCUCCUUGGUAAAAUAAGAUCAGCUACUGAUUGUGGUCUAAUGGUGUCAUGUAUUCAUGUUAAUCAUGGGUGUAAAUACUGUAGCUAAACACAGAGUUCUCUGUCCAUUUCCUGCUAUUGUGUUUCUAAAGCUACAUCAUGUGACUUGUGGUUUGGUAACUGUUGAUGCAAACAGUCAACACUUAAAAAAACUUUGACUUAUUUAAAAUAUGAGUCAGACUUUAUACUGUAGAUCAAAGAAAAGAAAAAUGUUGACGAGUAUUUGAGCUGCUGUUAACCAUCAGACUUUAGGGAGAGUUUUGGUUUAAAGUAGCUAAGUUAAAAUGUGACCUUAAAACAGGAUUUCUAUAAUCAAAUGUCGUGGUCAGUUCUACAGCUGCGACUGUUGUUUGUGUAUAUUAGUAAGACUUGAAUGUACAUUAAGUGAUGAAAGAGUGCAAAGGCCACAAAGUAGGUAACUUACAAAUUAUCUUUGUGUUUAUCUACUGUAGGACAGAUAUUAAACAAUUUAUGUAAAAAUAAAGAAUAAACAUUAAGAUAUUGUUUUGUAUUAAAGCAUGAAUGUGCAUUUUUGCUUUACCUUAUUGCAAAAUCAUGUUGCAGGAAGCGUAUGUAAGAUGUGAUGAUUACUAUACCCAACACUUACAUGUAACAAUAAACUGCAAGUAUGGGUGUUA